AUGUCUAUGAUCACGGCGGCCCAAUGGGUUCCACGCGGAGCUGCUGCGGCGUUUCCAACACAAUACAACUUUGACGAGUCCGAGUUCGAGAGAAUAGCCGAGAUCGCUAAACUCCAGCUUGACGAUGCGAACGAAGAUCUCGAAGAGGCCCAAGACGCGAACGAAGAGGUAGAAGAGGCAAACGGCGGUUCUGGGUCUACAGAGGGGAAGAAGAAGAAGAAGAAGUCCAAACAGGAUAGCACCGACGAUAUCGCGCUCGACGAGGACCUCAAGGAAUACGAUCUAGAGAACUACGAUGAUGACGACGGCGAUGGGGGUGUUGUGUCCGGCCAGCCACUCUCCGUCUUUGGCAACGUAAAGUCUUUGACUUACUACGAAUCCAACAAGGAUGACCCGUAUAUCCAGCUUCCAGAGAAUGAGAGUGAGGAUGAGGAUCGCGAAGAUCUCCAGAUUCUGGCGACGGACAACCUUGUGCUAGCGACAAAGGUCGAAGACGACCUUGCACACCUCGUCGUACACGUUUACGAGGACGACGAAAGCAAUCUAUACGUGCACCAUGACAUCAUGUUGCCCGCGAUCCCCCUCUGUCUGGAGUGGCUCGACAUCCCCGUUCAAAAGGAGGGAGUGGACAAGGAUUCGAGAGCGAAUUUUGUCGCCGUCGGUACCAUGGACCCCGACAUUGAGAUUUGGGAUCUGGACACGGUGGAUUCCAUCUACCCCAAUGCUAUCCUUGGCCAGGGCGGGAACGCUGAAGGGGUGAAGGAGAAGAAGAAGAAGAAGAAGAAGUCGAAGAAGGCAAACGACGAGUACCACGUUGAUGCCGUCCUUUCUCUAGCCGCCAACAGGAGGCAUCGCAACCUCCUAGCUUCCGCAUCUGCGGAUAAGACCAUCAAGCUCUGGGAUCUCCACACGACCAAGUGCGCCAAGUCCUAUUCUUACCACACGGACAAGGUGUGCUCCGUUGCGUGGCACCCCGUCGAAUCGACGGUGCUUCUCAGCGGAAGUUAUGACCGGACGAUUGUUGCCGCUGACAUGAGGGCGCCGGAUGCCAAGGUGCCUCGGUGGGGUGUGGAGAGCGACGUUGAAAACGUGCGGUGGGACCCUCAUAGUCAAAACCAUUUCUAUGUCUCGACAGAAAGCGGAAUGGUACACUACCACGAUAUCCGCAACGUGCCCGCGAAUCCGACCGCGACGAAACCGGUAUGGACGCUCCAAGCUCACGACGAGUCGGUUUCGUCGUUCGACCUCAAUACAGUGAUUCCCGGCUUCAUGGCGACAGGUUCAACAGAUAAGACAGUCAAGAUUUGGAACAUUCAGCCUACGGGACCGACCAUGGUGGUGUCGAGAAACCUCGACGUUGGCAAAGUCUUCUCUACUACCUUUGCCCCUGACCCGGAGGUUGCCUUCCGGCUUGCGGUAGCGGGCAGCCGUGGCACCAUGCACGUGUGGGACACGAGCACGAACGCCGCCGUCAGGAAGGCCUUUGCUCACAAGGUGCCGGACACCCCCGUUGGCGAAGAGGAUAGGCUUGUGGGAGUGGAUGAAGUGAGCAGCGAUUCAAGCGAUGGGGAGGAAGACGACGAGGACCAAGAUUCAGACUCGGACGCAGCGAGCCGAGAUGCAAUGGAUCAGGAUUAA